AUGAUUUGAUUGUUUCUCCAACAAUUAAGACAACAAAUUGAAUUGAAUGUUUCUAAUAAUGUCAACAAUUAAAUUUUCAUAUUUAAUGAACAGUUUUUCAUGUCUAUUGUUGGUUUUAUCGGUCAGUCUUGUUACUGGAGUUGAUGUUUGCUCAUCUAAUUAUUGUACAAUUAAUAAAUGUCCACAAGAAAUAACCGAUUGCCCUGAAGGCUAUUUACUUUUGACUAAUUCAACGACCUGUGGCUGUUGUAAUCUCUGUGUCAAGAUUGGUGAUUUAGACGAGAAUUGUGUUAAAACGUCUUAUCAAAAUAUCCCAGCAAUUAUUUGUGGUGAACAAUUAGUUUGCUCUGACAAUCAACCAUUAGCUAAAUGUGUCCAAGGUAAAAGUGAUUGUUUGACCAAACGGAUAAAAGCAUUGGAAAUAAACACCAAUGGAAACAAUUUAAAUUAUAUCACUAAUUGUGAUUAUUUUGGUGAUUAUUUCAAUUUCCAAUGUUUCAAUUCAAGGUGUUUCUGUGUUGAUGGAAAUGGAAACAAAAUUUUCGGUGAUUUUUUAGAGACCCAAAAAUCAUCAGUUAAUUGUGCUUGUUCCCGUGAUCUUAAUUCAAUCAGUUCAAUGUUAAACAAUCAGGGACAAUUAAAAAUACCCUCUGGUUCACCACAAUGUCAAUCAAAUGGUAACUAUUUAAGUUUACAAUUAACUAAUACCCAUGGUUAUUGUAUCGAUUCAACAUCUAAUCAUGGACGAGCAAUUAAAGGAGUUCCAGUGACAAUUAAUAAUAUUAAAAAGUUACCCUGUUAUAAUCAAAAAACAUCAGAUUUCCCUUGUUGGUCUGAAUUAACCAGAAAAACUAAUCAACUUACAAAUCUCAAGAAAACAUUUGAUUAUGUUGUUGGUUACGAAUUACCUGAUUGUGAUUUAGAUGGAACCUUCAAAGCUAAACAAUGUGAUAAAACAAGUUGUUUCUGCGUAAACAAAAAAGGUGAAAAGUUUGGAAGCCAAGUAACAAUUUCAAGAGAUUCACCAGAUAUUGAGAAAAUUAAAUGUAAUUGUAUUCGUGAUAAAGAUAUGCUGAGAAAAGUGAACGAUAAAAAUUGGACUAAUUAUAAUUGUGAUCAUCUUGGUAAUUACAAUCCAAUCCAAUGUUUGGAUGGUCAAUGUUUUUGUGUUGAUUUCAAUGGAUUACCAAUUGAUAAUCAGCGAUACAAUCAAUCAUUAGUUGAAACAAUUAACUGUUCAUCGUGAUGGACUAUCAAGAUUAAUUGUGAUUGCAAUUGAAAUGAUUGAUUGUUUUUGUUUGGAGAAAAUUUUGUGAAAAUCUUAUUAAUCUUGAAUGUGUAUUUUGAACAAUUAAUUAAUUUUUGGAAAUGUUUCUGGAAAAUUAAAUGGUCAUUUAAAUUGAUUGAACAUCGAAUA